AAUUAUUAAUAUAACUUUUAGAAAAUAAAUGAAAACAUUCUCUUGUAAACUAUGAUGAAUAUCCUUAAUGCAUUUUCUCAUUUCAAUGAGAUGAUUGAAAGGAGAAAAUUACCGACUGCCAUUAAUUACAUUUAAUAAUUAUAAAACUACUGUUUACAGAUAUUGGAUGCUUUUGUAUCGAAACUAUUUUCCGAUACGAAGAUGGUUUCUACGUAACUUACGAUUAUCAGUAUGUCCUGCCAGAAGGAUAUGCAUUAUAUUUUGAACAUUUUCCACAUCAGCAAGCCCCUACAAUGCUUGCUUAUCGACUUCCGAGUGAAGAUGGUGUUGUGGAUUACAGCUUGCAGGCAUUUCAGCAUCAGCCGCAAGCAGAAACGGACGAAAGUGUCCCUCUCGAAGAAUUUCCUGCAUUUCGGAUGCAAACACACCAAUCGGAAUAUUCUUCUGUAGCAGAAACGUUGCUACAUCCGGGGCAACCAAAUGUAUUGCAAAAUAACCCGGAACCGGAACAAAACACACAGAAAGAAGUAACAGAUACGGAAGCUGACGUGCUUUUUUCAUUUGAAACUUGUGAAGUUGUAUCAGAUCCAAACUUUAAUGUUUCUGAUCCUGAAACUUCUGUUGGUGACACAAACCAACCGUCCCCAAUUAAUCUCGAUGGCAUCAGCGCUGAAGAUUCAGCGAAAAGAACUAAAGAAGAAAUGAUCUCUAAUAUUACAGAGACUGACAAUGACGACUCAGAUGAUAUGGAAUUAUUUUCACUCGAAGAUGCUUAUGUUCCAUUGACUCCAAGACAAAUUUUGGUAUUGGAAAACGAAGAUCACAGGACACUAAAACAGGAACUGAUGAGUUUAGAUGUUCUCUGUCAUGCUCUUGGUAUUAUCUACGAAGAGGAAGAACAUGAAUCAUCAGAUGACGAGAACUUCGAUCACACAAAGAGUAUAUCAGAGCAAAAUAUCUGUUCUUCUCAUCAGUUAAAUGACGUUAAUCAAUUGGAACAGCAAAGCUUUGAAUCUACUCUGUUAACAUCCUCGAUGACAAUCGACAUUGAAGGUGAUAAUUGUAUUGGAAUUAAGUGUGAUCCAUGUGUUAUUUCACGGAUGACAAAACAAUCAAGAGAGAUGACAGAAUUCGUUGAAGAAAAUAACAAGAAAACUGACAUUUCACAAAAGUUAAUAGAAUUGACUGAAUCCACAGAUAGGAAAAACGACGAUUACGAAGGUUUAUCUGGAGAUGAAUUCACCCCUGAAUAUGGGAAAAAAGUUAGAAAAUAUUUUAUAUUUCUUUAUUAGUUUAGAUUUAUAAUAUAAUUGAUAUCCCGUACUAAACUUUCACUCACAAUCAUAUUCUG